AUGUUCAGCCUACCGAGAAUAUCGCUUCCAUCCUUCCUUCGCGGCGGAGAGGGUUCGCAUCUGACUGUCAACCUGCCCUCGGUGGAAAUUCAUGAUAUCGAAACAGCUGCCGAGAAGCGACCGCGGACCCUCAAGCAUCUGCUCAAGGCAAAUCACGCCAACUACGGAAUCUUAUACCAUAACCUCGUAUUCCAUAACCACACACCACACAUCCUAGGAUCAGCUUACCUUCUCGGAGGCACUGCCGAGCAUCUAAACGACAUCUACGAAAAGGAAGCCGAAGAACUGGAGCCCUGGCAGGAUGCACCGGGCGAAAUUACCAAAGAUGAUUGGCGCGACUUCUUGGGAAAACCCGAGUACCAACGUGCCUUUAUCGAUUUCUUCGAGGACCAGCUCGUGACCAAAAAGUACAGCGUCGAGCAAGUCCUCGAAGAGUUCUUAUUCCAGGGAAAGGAGCCAUUGAUCAACGGCAUGAUCUCUGGACUCGCACAUCCCCUUAUCCACCUUGGAUACGCAUAUGAGCUAAACUCCAAAACGGUGGCAAUUGAGGCUCUGGCGAUGGGCGCUUGCUGCUACAACUCCCUGCACAAAUACAUUGAUGACCCGAAAUACACCAAGCCUAGUCCUCAUAGCGCGACUGGCGCUCAAUCUGGCCUGAUCGGUCUACUAGACAAGGUACGCCAAGAUAGUCGCUUCGAUGGUCUGUAUGACGAUAGGAGUGGAGAUAUCUCAAAGGUGCUGGAGGAGCGAGAGGAGGCACUUCUAGAAUACUGGAAUGCUUGGGACAUUACCAGCCCAACCGAUCAAUUCCGUGCCGCCCAGGAAGUAGGCAUGGGCCUUUUGGUGGGCACACCGGCUCCUUCUCAGGGCAAGUAUGAUUUUUUUAUUGUGCAUGUGCUCACGAGCUCACAUGCCAUUCGCAUCUUGCUUCCUUUGAUCCCAGCAAAGUACCACGUGAGCCUACUGCGACAAUGGUGGCUAUUUGCACUUGUAGUGUACAUUGCUCAGACCCGGCCAGUGAUUGAUAUGGACAAGGCAAUUCCGGGUGAAGAUAGCAAGAAGAGCUGGAAACAUGUUGUGGACAAAGCACUCAAUGGCCCCCAUUCUAAGGAUGAGCACUAUGUGAAAGCACUGCGGGCGCUGAAGGUGGCAGAAGAGACGUGGGGUGUCUCAGACAAUACACCGAGUCACUGGCUCAACGCGGCAGUCAAGUUUGCGGACGAAUUCGAGGGUUGGGGAGGCUUUGGUACAGCUGAAGAUGAGGCGAGAACAGGCUAG